CGUUUCACUGUCGCAACUGUGAUUUCUUGCGAUUUGCUUCUGGCAGAUACAGUUAUGUCUGAAGAAGUGCAAUAUCCGAUGGAAGUGAACAAUGGGCGUUCUGGUUAUUGUAACGAGUACACAGAUGGCAUUAAUGACGGAGAAAUAAGCGAAGCGAUGGAUGUACAAUCGAAUCCGAAUCCAUUUGAAAUGCUGUUUGAUGCACCGCAAGCAGAAAUGACGUCUGUGGUACAUGAAGUGCCGACAGGUGCAGCAAAACGACUGCUUUUGAUCGAUGCAGCAAAUAUUUUGCAUUCGACAACUUCCAGCAGUGCUCAGGAAGCGUAA